GAUCGCCUUUUCCUUCUCCGGGCUGUGCCCUCCCCAGCCCGAAAUCAGCAGGGCGCGGGCCGCAGUCUGACAGAAACCGGGCCGGAACUAAGAUGGCGGCGGCCGACGGCGACGACUCCCUCUACCCUAUCGCGGUGCUCAUAGACGAGCUCCGCAACGAGGAUGUUCAGCUUCGCCUCAACAGCAUCAAGAAGCUGUCCACCAUUGCCUUGGCCCUCGGUGUGGAAAGGACCCGCAGUGAGCUUCUGCCCUUCCUUACAGAUACUAUCUAUGAUGAGGAUGAGGUCCUCUUGGCCCUGGCGGAGCAGCUGGGAACCUUCACCACCCUGGUGGGAGGCCCCGAGUACGUGCACUGCCUGCUGCCACCCCUGGAGUCGCUGGCCACAGUGGAGGAGACAGUGGUGCGGGACAAAGCAGUGGAGUCCUUGCGGGCCAUCUCACACGAGCAUUCGCCAUCUGAUCUGGAGGCUCACUUCGUGCCACUGGUGAAGCGGCUGGCGGGCGGCGACUGGUUCACCUCCCGCACCUCGGCCUGUGGCCUCUUCUCUGUCUGCUAUCCCCGUGUAUCCAGUGCCGUGAAGGCGGAACUUCGACAGUACUUCCGGAACCUGUGCUCAGAUGAUACCCCCAUGGUGCGGCGGGCCGCAGCCUCCAAGCUGGGAGAGUUUGCCAAGGUGCUGGAGCUGGACAACGUCAAGAGUGAGAUCAUCCCCAUGUUUUCCAACCUGGCCUCUGACGAGCAGGACUCGGUGCGGCUGCUGGCGGUGGAGGCGUGUGUGAACAUUGCCCAGCUCCUGCCCCAGGAGGAUCUGGAGGCCCUGGUGAUGCCCACCCUGCGCCAGGCUGCUGAGGACAAGUCCUGGCGCGUCCGAUACAUGGUGGCUGACAAGUUCACAGAGCUCCAAAAAGCCGUGGGGCCAGAGAUCACCAAGACAGACCUGGUCCCUGCCUUCCAGAACCUGAUGAAAGACUGUGAGGCCGAGGUGAGGGCCGCAGCCUCCCACAAGGUCAAAGAAUUCUGUGAAAAUCUCUCAGCUGACUGUCGGGAGAAUGUGAUCAUGACCCAGAUCUUGCCCUGCAUCAAGGAGCUGGUGUCCGACGCCAACCAACAUGUCAAAUCAGCUUUGGCCUCAGUCAUCAUGGGCCUCUCUCCCAUCCUGGGCAAAGACAACACCAUUGAGCACCUCCUACCCCUCUUCCUGGCUCAGCUAAAGGAUGAGUGCCCAGAGGUACGGCUGAACAUCAUCUCCAACCUGGACUGUGUAAAUGAGGUGAUUGGUAUCCGGCAGCUCUCCCAGUCCCUGCUCCCUGCCAUUGUGGAACUGGCUGAAGAUGCCAAGUGGCGAGUGCGGCUGGCCAUCAUUGAGUAUAUGCCCCUGUUAGCUGGACAGCUGGGGGUAGAGUUUUUUGAUGAGAAACUCAACUCCUUGUGCAUGGCUUGGCUUGUGGAUCAUGUCUAUGCCAUCCGUGAGGCGGCCACCAGCAACCUGAAGAAGCUGGUGGAGAAGUUUGGGAAGGAGUGGGCCCAUGCUACUAUCAUCCCCAAGGUCUUGGCCAUGUCUGGGGAUCCCAACUACCUGCACCGCAUGACCACACUCUUCUGCAUCAAUGUGCUGUCUGAGGUCUGUGGGCAGGACAUCACCACAAAGCACAUGCUGCCCACAGUCUUACGUAUGGCUGGGGACCCUGUUGCCAACGUCCGCUUCAACGUGGCCAAGUCCCUGCAGAAGAUAGGACCCAUCCUGGACAACAGCACGCUGCAGAGUGAAGUAAAGCCCAUCCUAGAGAAGCUGACUCAGGACCAGGAUGUGGACGUCAAGUACUUUGCCCAGGAGGCCCUGACUGUUCUGUCUCUCGCCUGAUGCUGGAAGAGGAGCCAACGCCGGCCUCUGGUGUCCACCCCCAGGCCCCAAGUUCCCUCCUUUGGGAGACAGCGGGGGGCCUUUGACUGUCACUCCCUGUGCAUGGUCUGACCCCAGGCCCCACCCCAGCACGGUUUCUCUUCUCCCCAGCCUGGGAAUCUGACUUCUCACUGUCUACCUUCCAAGGGGCUGGGGGAGCACAAGGUGGAACAGGGCAGUGACCCUGGGAGAAAGGGGUGGCUACUCCCACCUGAGGGAGGAGAGAGGUGAAUAUCCCAGGUCACUGGUUCCUGCUGCUGUAAUGGGGACCCCUCCCCAGUCUACUUCUCCACCUCCCUCCCUCCCCCUCAGUGGUUUUUUUUGUGUGUCAACUGUGCCGUUUUUAUUUUAUUCUCCCCCCUCCCCUCCCACCCCUUCACAGAGAAAUAAAGGUCUAGAAGUAG